AUGAAAGGAACUAUUUUAGCAAAUAAAAUAAUAAACAAUUUUAAUCAAUCAAUAUCAAUAAUAAUACUGAAUAUACUUUUUACAAAUCCAAUUAAUUUAUCUAAUCUUCAUCAGUCAUGGUUGAUUAAUACAACGAAUUCAUUAUCAAAUAUAAAUGUUGCUGCUGAAAUAGUUUUUAUACCUUCACAAACAGAUUAUUCUUCUUCUUAUCAAUCAGAAAUAAAUAUUAAACAAUCAUUUUGUAUUAAUGAACAAUUUAAUCAAGCGUUUUUAAUUAAUCGAUUACAAUCAAUUGAAGCAAAAGAUUAUUUAUAUAAUAAUUUAAUCAACAAUUGA